GGCGCGGGGGCGGGCUCUGGGAGGGACCUGACCAGGCAGGGCAGGGAGGGCGGCCGCAGCGGGCGGGAUGGGUCGUCGCCGCCGGCUUCGCUGAGACUCGCUCGCGUGGGCUGCUCUGGCGGGCCCGCAGUGGUCGCGGCGGCAUGAAAGGCGCUCUAGGGAGCCCCGUGGCUGCGGCCGCCGCAGGCGCUGCGAUGCAGGAGAGUUUCGGCUGCGUCGUGGCCAACCGCUUCCACCAGCUGCUAGACGACGAGUCGGACCCGUUCGACAUCCUACGCGAGGCCGAGCGCCGGCGCCAGCAGCAGCUGCAGCGCAAGAGGGAGUCCCAGAAGGAGCGCAAGAGCCUCCCGGCCCCCGGCGCGCAGCAGCCCGACAGCACCGGGGCCGGCCCGCAGCCGCCCGGCCAGAAACGAACUCCUAGAAGAGGGGAGCAGCAAGGAUGGAAUGACAGCCGGGGGUCAGAGGUGACGCUUGACAGAGCAGAGCGGAGAUCCUACAGGGAGUAUCGACCCUGUGAGACGGAGAGGCAGGAGGACUUUACAGCGGAGAAGUUUACAGAUGAAAAACCAAUUGACAGGUUUGAUCGAGACAGACCACUGAGAGGGCGUGGAGGUCCAAGAGGGGGCAUGCGAAGCAGAGGCAGAGGUGGUCCUGGGAACAGAGCUUUUGACGGUUUUGACCAGAGAGGGAGACGAGAAUUUGAAAGAUAUGGUGGGAAUGAUAAAAUAGCAAUCAGAACUGAAGACAACAUUGGUGGGUGUGGAGUUCGCACCUGGGGAUCAGGUAGAGAUACCAGUGACGUGGAGCCAGCUGUGCCCAUGGAAGAGGUCACCGUGGUGGAGUCCCUGGGCCCCCUGGAGGAGGAAGCUCCAGCCAAAGUUCCUGAGUUGGAGGUAGAAGAAGAAACUCAAGUUCAAGAGAUGACCCUAGAUGAGUGGAAAAAUCUUCAAGAACAAACCAGACCAAAGCCUGAGUUUAACAUCCGGAAACCUGAGUCCACUGUCCCUUCCAAAGCAGUGGUGAUACACAAGUCGAGAUACAGAGAUGAUAUGGUAAAGGAUGACUAUGAGGAUGAUGCCCACAUUUUCCGGAAAGCGGCCAAUGACAUCACAUCCCAGCUGGAGAUUAAUUUUGGUAACCUCCCUCGUCCCGGGCGUGGAGCCAGAGGUGGCCCACGGGGAGGCCGAGGAAGGAUCAGAAGGGCCGAGAACUAUGGUCCCAGAGCAGAAGUGGUGACACAAGACAUUGCUCCAAACCCAGAUGACCCUGAAGACUUUCCUGCUUUGGCUUGAGAGAGCCCUAUCUACCUGGCAACUUAAAACAGCACUGACGUACCAGUGAAGAGACUUUUCUUGCUGUGGGGAGAAAGGCAGACUCUAAGAACAAUAGAUAUUGCUUGUCCCCGUGUGGUGUGAA